UGGCGGCGGCCGCCUCAGCGGGGCGGGGCGCGUGCGGCGGGCGCGGGAAGCGGCGGGCGCGGAGACACCGAGAGGGACUGAGGGGAACCGAGAGGGACUGAGGGGCACUGAGGGGAACCCGCCGCCACCAUGCACGUCGUGAAGCGGGAUGGGCGCCAGGAGCGGGUCAUGUUUGACAAGAUCACCUCACGCAUCCAGAAGCUCUGCUAUGGCCUCAAUGUCGACUUUGUGGAUCCCGCACAGAUCACCAUGAAGGUGAUCCAGGGGCUCUACAGCGGGGUCACCACGGUGGAGCUGGACACUCUGGCCGCAGAGACCGCGGCCACGCUGACCACCAAGCACCCCGACUACGCCAUCCUGGCCGCCCGCAUCGCCGUGUCCAACCUGCACAAGGAGACCAAGAAAGUCUUCAGUGAUGUGAUGGAGGAUCUCUACACCUACAUCAACCCUCACAACGGGAAGCACUCCCCUAUGAUCUCGAAAGAGACUCUGGACAUAGUUCUGGCCAACAAAGAUCGCCUGAACUCUGCCAUCAUCUACGACAGAGACUUCUCCUACAACUACUUUGGCUUUAAGACUCUGGAACGCUCCUACUUGCUGAAAAUCAACUCCAAAGGUAAUGGCUGUUCCUAG